GGAGGGAAGGCGUCCCUUUCACACGGCGUGUCCCAGAAUGCCCUUCUUCUGGCUUUCCCCCAAAAUCCGGGUCUGGCUGCCCUCCCAGAUCCUCUCGCCCCCCCCUCUCUCUCGCGCUCCCCCCCUCGCUCUUCAUUUUGCAGUCUGUGCGGCUCUAGACUCGGUCACUAUGUUGUCAGUUCUUGCACAGAGGUCGCCCCUUUUGGCCAAGUUGAGGUUGCUGGGAGCUGCCAGCGCACGCGCGGCCCACAGCCACGAGAGCUCAGAUGCUGCACCAUAUUACACAAGGCCAGUAUAUCAUGACCAUCGCGCCUUACCUUUACCCGACAUCCCAUUCCAUGAGUCGCUGAGCACGCAGGAAGUGUCCCUUAAAGAAAAGGAAAAGGGACCCUGGAAGCAGCUGAGCCAAGAAGAAAAGAUUUCACUUUAUCGGAUACAAUUCAACAAGACGUACGCAGAGAUUAAUAAGCCGAGCAAUGAAUGGAAGAGUGUAAUCGGUGGCGUUUUCUUUUUCUUCGGCAUCACAGCUCUUAUCGUCUGGUGGCAGAGAGUUCAUGUGUUUCCUGAACUCCCGCAUACCCUCGAGGACGACUGGAAGGCCAUGCAGGCUCAAAGAAUGUUGGACAUGCGUGUGGGACCCAUACAAGGUUUCUCCUCCAACUGGGACUAUGAGAAGAAAGAAUGGAAGAAGUGAGAAGAGGGCGAGGAGGAGAUGGGUUAUAGGACCGAGCACAAGUUUAGUAUUUAUGCACAAUGUGUUAGUGUACCAUUUCACCAGGAACACGCAAUUAAACUGUCAAUGAAUUUAC